CUUCCGCGCUCUCUGUGUGCGUAUGGUGAGGUCCGGGAAUGCGUAUUAUUGGAUUUGUUUAUGCGUACAAUUGGGUUUGUAUGCAGAUCUUCGUGAAGACCCUAACGGGUAAAACCAUCACCCUUGAGGUGGAACCCUCGGACACUAUUGAAAAUGUGAAGGCCAAGAUCCAAGAUAAGGAAGGUAUUCCUCCCGAUCAACAGCGACUCAUCUUCGCCGGAAAGCAGCUUGAAGAUGGACGCACUCUCUCAGAUUACAACAUCCAGAAGGAGUCGACUCUCCAUUUGGUUUUGCGUCUGCGUGGUGGUGUAAUUGAGCCUUCCUUGAAGCUUCUGGCAGAGAAGUACAACUGCAAUAAAAUGAUCUGUCGCAAGUGUUACGCUCGUCUCCAUCCAAGAGCCACAAACUGCCGUAAGAAGAAGUGUGGACACACCUCCAACAUUCGCCCCAAGAAGAAGAUCAAGGGUUAAAUUUUGUGUUGAUAGAGUUUAUUACUCAUUAAAAAAAAGUGGAGAUGAAAUACUAUUAAUUUUGUGGUUGAAUUAUCAAAUAAAGGAAGUAAGUCUCCAAUACA